AUGCCUAGAAGAAGGAAGAAUAAGAAUCCUGUCUGUCCUCCGCCAACUCCAAAAGAAUCCUGCAAAUAUUGCCAUAAAUCUAAUCUGAAACUUUCAAAGUGUUCCAGAUGCAAAGAAGUCUUUUAUUGUUCAGGGGAUUGCCAAAAGAAAGACUGGGUUAGUCACAAGAAGGCCUGCAAGUCAAAAACAAGUGAACAACAACAGUCACCUGAUCCUCCACUUCCAGGCAAAGCUGUUGGGCCACGUAACCCCCAUGAAAUGAAAGUUUCAUCUUCAUCAGCAAGUAUUCAACAAACUUCAAAGAAUUCCUGCAAAUAUUGCCAUAAAUCUAAUCUGAAACUCUCAAAGUGUUCCAGAUGCAAAGAAAUCUUUUAUUGUUCAAUAGAUUGCCAAAAGAAAGACUGGACUAAUCACAAGAAGGCCUGCAAGCCGAAAACAAGUGAACAACAACAGUCACCUGAUCCUCCACUUCCAGAUAAAGCUGUUGGGCCACUUAACCGCACUGAGAUGAAAAUCCAAUCCUCUUCAGCAAGUAUUCAACAAACUUCAAAGAAUUCCUGCAAAUAUUGCCAUAAAUCUAAUCUAAAUCUCUCAAAAUGUUCUGGAUGCAAAGAAGUCUUUUAUUGUUCAGUAGAUUGCCAAAAGAAAGACUGGGUUAGUCACAAGAAGGCCUGCAAGCCAAAAUCAAGUGAACAACAACAGUCACCUGAUCCUCCACUUCCAGGCAAAGAAGAAUGUUGCAACCAUUGUGGGAAAUCUUCUGAUGUUAAACUCAGGACAUGUUCUCAGUGUCAUAAUGUCAAAUAUUGUUCCAAGAAAUGCCAGAAAGCUGAAUGGCCAAAACACAAAGUUGAUUGUCAAAAGAAACAAACGAAAUGUAUUGAUUGUUUAAUGAUCUGUAAAGAGGAUUCUAAAUAUUGUAACAGAUGCAUUUUACGAAGAGUCUUAGAAAUUGAUGGUUAUAUUUCAACAAUUUCAAAGUAUGUCUCUGUAGCAAAAAUGAGAUUUCCAAAACUUCAAGUGAUUACAAAGUAUGAAGAUAUUUGUCAUAUCUAUCCAAUUUUUAACUUUUUGCCAAAUAUGCAAGUUUUGGUAGUGCAGAUGCAUGAAUUUGGAAGCCACCCUUUUCGACCAAGUAUGAUAAUAUUGGAUGUGACAGGCAAGCCUUAUCAUCUAAUAUUUUAUCUUAAUUUUAUUGAGGAAGCACUUUUCCCAUGGGAUGAAUUUCAACCUGGAAACUACAUCUGUAUUAAAUAUCCACAGGAGCAUCUUUUCCUUGAUGAUAGUAGUAGUAGGAGGAGGAGGACAAAGCUUAUAAAAAAAAAUCUCAGACAAGUGGUUAAUUCCAUUUUUCUUCUCAAGUCAGCAAAACCUAUUGGAAUUUCUGAAAACUUUUUGUGGAAUUGGAAACUGAAAGUGUGUUCCAGAUGCAAAGAUGUCUUUUAUUGUUCAGUGGAUUGCCAAAAGAAAGACUGGGUUAAUCACAAGAAUUUCUGUGAACCAAAAACAAGUGAACAACAGUCACCUGAUCCUCCACUUCCAGAUAAAGAAGAAAGUUGCAACCAUUGUGGGAAAUCAUCUGAUGUUAAACUCAGGACAUGUUCUCAGUGCCAUGAUGUCAAAUAUUGUUCCAAGAAAUGCCAGAAGGCUCAAUGGCCAAAACACAAAGUUGAUUGUCAAAAGAAACUAAAAGUUCCAGAUAGUGUCUACUUAAUUGCAAAAAUGAGGCAUCCAAAAUUUCAGAUGGUUACAAACUUUGAUGAUAUUGAGUCAUUUUAUUACUCUGGCGAAAAUGUGCUGCUUUUGAUAGCACUAAUGCAUAAGACUGCAUUCCACCCUUUCCGACCAUGUAUGUUUGUAAGGGAUGACACCGGGAAUGAGCUUUUCUUAAUAUUUUAUCUUGAUUGGGAUGAACAAGAAACUUUCCCUUGGGCAAAAUUCCAACUUGGAGACUAUAUCUGUGUCAUGUAUCCCUACAUUCAUCAGUUUCUUGAUGGUUCCGUAGGAUUUCGGAUUGAAUCGCUCAGCAAUGUGAGCUUCAUUAAACGUAUUUAA